AUGUCGGACUACGGCGGCGACAACGACGCUGAGGAGAACUUCGACUACGAGCCUCAAGAGGAGGUCUUCGACGAAAACGAGCCCGAAGAUUACAUCGACCAUGAGGGGCUCGAGGGCGACGAUGGUGCCGAGGGCGGGUCCUACGAGCCAGCCGUCAACGGCGAAAACGUCGUGGUCUCCGGCGAUUCCAAUGCUGGCUACUCGGGCAAAGUGAUGGAGCAGUCACGAGAGAAGAAGGUUCCCAACGACAAGCGCACAACCACCCCAUACUUGACCAAGUACGAACGCGCGCGCGUGCUUGGCACGCGUGCGUUGCAAAUCAGUAUGAACGCGCCCGUGCUCGUCGAUCUUGAGGGCGAGACCGACCCUCUGCAGAUUGCCAUGAAAGAGUUGAACCAGAAGAAGAUCCCUCUAAUUGUGCGCCGAUAUCUGCCCGAUGGAUGGUACGAGGACUGGUCUUGCGAAGAGCUUCUCUAG